UUGGCAACCCUGAUACACGUCACAUACAAGUGAAAUUAUCCUCAGCCUCCAUUUUAUUAUUUGCAAAUAUUAUUACUAAAUUCGUAAUAAUAUCCAUUUAAAUAAACUGUUUUUAUCUGAGGUGAGACAUCGCAAGUAGCGAGGCUACGCCCAAAUUUCUGUCGUGGAUUGUUUAAUUUAUCUUCAACAUAGGCCUAUCAGACACCGCCGUUAUGGAUAUGAUGGUAUCGACAUUGCAACAGCAGCGAGCCGUGACUGAGCAGCUGCGGAGAGAGGCAGCUAUUAAGCGCAUUCCCGUGUCGUCGGCGGUGGCCGACAUCGUGCGCUAUAUCAACGAGCACGAGCAGGAGGACUGCCUGCUCGUCGGCUUCUCCAGUCAAAAAGUCAACCCUUUCCGCGAAAAAAGCUCAUGUACUGUUCUUUAAGAAAGUAUUUUCCGUGUAACUUGCUGUAAUUUGCUGUAAUGAAAAUAAAUGUGUUGAAUAUCUCAUCAAAGCUAAGUCGUUGAUCUACAGAUCUACACAUUUCAACUAUUUAUUUAAGUUCAAGUGGUACGUGUUAACUAUGUUUCUAAUCCAUCAUAAAACAGAUUUUAUGCUUACAAAACAAUUUUGUACUUCAGAUAAUGUAAAUCACUGUCUCUUAUGGUCAUAAAAAUAUUUUAAAA